AUCCGAUACGUGCCGUGCUCUAAAAAAUCAUGGCUGGCUUCUCCAGGUUCCGACCGGGCUUUCGCCGAGCCACCACCGACACAGCGCCCCAGGCCGUCGUCGUACAAGAGUUGACCAAGGACGAGAACGGAGAUGCUGAUGCGGCUCAAAACGGCGCCGGGCGGCCAAAUGGAGAGCCACUGGAAAUUGUUGUUCCCAGCGAAGAUGCCCAGCGCGGUGUCCAAGACGUCGAGGCCGUAACACUCACGUGGUCAAAGAAGACACUGGCAGCAGUCUUCUUCUGCAUGUUCAUGCUGUACUUCGUUAAUGCGUUCCAAUCGGCUGUUGUGGGCACCCUGAUACCCUACGCAACGAGCGACUUCGAGAGCCACUCGCUUCUCACUGUCAUCAACAUUGUCGCCAAUGCCAUAUCUGCGGCAGUAUACAUCCCUCUGGCCAAAAUUCUGGAUCUUUGGGGCCGCGCUGAGGGUUUCUUGCUCAUGAUUGCCUUUGCUACAUUGGGCUUAAUCCUGAUGGCUGCAUCGGACGGCCUUGCUACAUUUUGUGCAGCGCAGGUCUUUUAUUCGGUCGGCUUUGGUGGUAUGACCUACAGCAUCGACGUGAUAACUGCCGACACAUCCAAGCUGCGCAACCGAGCGCUGGCUUUCGCUUUCACGUCUUCUCCCAAUAUGAUUACGGCUUUCGCGGGCCCGAGGGCGUCUCAAGAGUUUCUUGACCACGUCAAUUGGCGAUGGGGCAUCGGGUGCUUCGCCAUCAUACUCCCAUUUGUCGCGUCGCCCCUCUACAUCCUCAUGAAGCUCAAUCUGCACAAGGCGGAGAAACAGGGGCUCACCGCUCGGGCAAAGAGUGACCGCACACUGCUGGAGAAUAUCUGGUAUUACACGUUGGAAUUUGAUGCUCCCGGAGUUAUACUCUUUGCCGGAGGCUUGACCGUCUUCCUGUUGCCCUUCACUUUAGCGAACACCGCUCCCGACGGGUGGUCUUCCGGUUACAUCAUCGCCAUGAUUGUAGUGGGAUUCAUCGUGCUCGUUCUCUUCGGUCUCUACGAGUCAUUCUUGGCCCCGGUGCCAUUCCUCAACGCCAAGCUUCUGACUGACCGGACAGUUAUUGGCGCGUGUAUAUUGGACGCAACCUAUCAGGUGUCCUACUACUGUUGGAACACGUACUUCACCUCAUUCUUGCAGGUCGUCAACAACCUCACCGCCGCGGAGGCUGGCUACGUCUCGCACACGUUUGACGUGGUGUCGGGUGUCCUUCUGUUCGCCGUGGGUUUCCUGAUCCGCAAAACUGGCUACUUCAAGUGGCUACUGUUUGUCGCAGUGCCUUUGUACAUCUUUGCGCAAGGCCUCAUGAUCUACUUCCGGCAGCCCAACGGUUACAUUGGCUACAUCGUCAUGUGCCAGGUGUUCAUCUCCGUUGGCGGCGCCAUCUUUAUCCUGUGUGAGCAGCUUGCUAUCCUGGCCGCUGUCGAGCACAGAUACGUCGCACCUAUCAUGGCCCUUCUCUACGUUGCCGGAAAUGUCGGCGGAGCAAUUGGAAACACUAUUUCUGGCGCUAUUUGGACCAAUACGUUCGAGAAGGCGCUUGAGCGAGAUUUGCCCGAGUCAGCCUUGCCUGACAUCGAGGACAUAUAUAAUAACCUGGAAACGCAGCUCGCAUACCCUGUCAAUGACCCUGUCCGGUUGGCAAUCCAACAGGCCUACGGCUACGCUCAGACGAGAAUGUUGGCGGCGGGAACUGGCAUCAUGGCGUUGACAUUCAUAUCCGUGCUCCUCAUUAGGAACAUCAAUCUAGCCAAGGUGACGCAAACCAAGGGCACACUGUUCUAAACCAUCGAACACUCAUUCUGCUGGCAAGUUUCUCAAAUAUAGCGUUCCAGCAUUGGGAGGUGGACAAUAGUGUAUUGGCCUCGGCAGUCCAGCAGUGGAAUAGGUCCCUGAGUCGCCCUGGAAAGGGGCAAUCCCAACAGCUUCCGUACAGGAGUUGAUAAUAAAG